GUCGGAGCACCGGAGCCCCGGGAUGAGCUUCCCACGGCCCCUCCGCCGCUCCGUGAGCCUCAGCCCGGGCCGGACCCUGCGCCUCGUUGUGCUGGGGCAGAGCGCAGUGGGCAAGACCGCGCUGACCGUCAGGUUCAUCACCAGGAGAUUCAUUGGAGACUACGACCCAACCCUGGAGAUGAUCUACAGACACGUGGCUGUCAUUGAUGGGGAGAUGGUGCACUUGGAGAUCCUGGACACCGCGGGGCAGGAGGAGGACUCCCUGCAGAUAGAGGAGAAGAUCAAGUGGGGCGAUGGCUUCGCUGUGGUCUACUCAGUGACAGACAGAUGCAGCUUCGAUGAGGUGAUGAGGCUCUGCUUCCUCAUCAACCACAUCCACGGCAGCCCCCGGCGCGGCAGCACCGGUGACCAGCCGCCUGUUGUCAUCGUGGCCAACAAGAAGGACCUCCAGUUCGACCGCAUGGUGUCCACCGAGGACGGUGAGAACCUGGCCAAGGCCUUGAAGCUGCCCUUCUAUGAGAUCUCCACCCGGGACAGCUACGAGGAGCCCGUGGCCGUGUUCAGUGCCCUGUACCAGGAGCUCCUGAGGCAGGGACAUUGCUCCCCAGGCUCCUUCAAGAGGAGGACGGUGUCGAAGCUGAUGGAGAAGAUCCCAAAGAUGCAGGCGAGCUCCAGUUCACACUCAGCCGGACGGAGCCUCAGCUUUAACUCCUUCAGGGACUACAUCCCCGAGUGACUGAGGAGCACACAGGGACAGGUCCUAUCCUGCUGCUUCAGCCCCAGGGCUGAGGGCAGCUUGUGGGGCUGUGCUGGCUCCAGAGGGAAGGGUUAUGGAUGGGGAGGUGGGAUCAGGGCUCAGCAGCCUUUGGAAGCCUGUUGGCACAGACAGGCUUUGUGGCAGCAGGGACGAUGCUCUGCACCCAUCUGUGCUCCCUCCUCCUCCUCCUGCCUGGCUGAAGUCACUGGUGAAGCUGGUUCGU